AUGUUACUGACGAUCUACGGCGGCUACGUGUGCGGCGUCCGCGCCUACCGGCUGCUGCAGCAGCGCCGCGCGCGCCGCGCCGCGCCCGCGCCCGGCGACUGA